UCGUUGCAGGGGGAGGAAGGGAAGGGAAGGGAAGGCGGUGAACGGAGGAGGAGGGAGGGAGGGAGGGAAGGAUGGAGGGGAAGCACGUGGUGAUGUCGGCGGUGGGGAUCGGGAUAGGCGUCGGGGUGGGGCUGGGGCUGGCGUCGGCGCCGUGGGCGGGCGGUGGCGGCGGGCAGGGGGGCCAGGCGAGGGCCGGGAUCACGGUGGAGAGGGUGGAGCAGGAGCUCCGCCGCCUCGUCGCCGACGGCGCGGAGAGCAAGGUCACCUUCGACGAGUUCCCCUACUACCUCAGCGAGCAAACACGAGUUGUGUUGACCAGCGCAGCAUAUGUUCACUUGAAGCAAGCAGACAUAUCAAAAUAUACCAGGAAUCUUGCACCAGCUAGCCGUGCAAUUCUGUUGUCAGGCCCUGCAGAACUUUAUCAGCAAAUGCUCGCCAAGGCCCUUGCCCACUAUUUUGAAGCAAGACUGCUCUUGCUAGAUCCUACAGAUUUCCUCAUAAAGAUCCAUAACAAAUAUGGUACUGGUAGCAGCACAGAGACGUCUUUCAAAAGAUCCAUCUCUGAGACAACCCUUGAAAGGGUGUCUGGAUUACUUGGAUCUCUUUCAAUUCUACCACAAAAGGAGAAACCCAAAGGAACUAUUCGUAGACAAAGCAGCAUGACAGACAUGAAAUUAAGGAGCUCUGAAAGCAUGGGCAGCUUACCGAAGCUUAAAAGGAAUGCUUCUUCUUCAUCUGAUAUGAGUAGCUUGGCAUCACAAGGUCCUCCAAAUAAUCCAGGUUCUCUCAGACGUGCUAGCAGCUGGACUUUUGAUGAGAAGAUUUUGGUGCAAGCUUUAUACAAGGUUCUGCAUUCAGUAUCUAAGAAGAACCCAAUCGUCCUCUAUAUAAGAGAUGUUGAGAAGUUCCUUCACAAGUCCACAAAAAUGUAUGUCAUGUUUGAAAAGCUACUGAAUAAGCUUGAAGGGCCAGUGCUUGUCCUUGGCUCAAGAAUCGUGGAAAUGGACUUUGAUGAAGAGUUGGAUGAAAGACUAACUGAUUUAUUUCCCUACAACAUCGAAAUCAAGCCACCAGAAAAUGAGAGCCACCUUGUGAGCUGGAACUCCCAAUUAGAAGAAGAUAUGAAGAUGAUCCAGUUCCAGGAUAACCGGAACCAUAUUACGGAAGUCCUUGCAGAAAACGACCUCGAAUGUGAUGAUUUGGGCUCAAUAUGCCUAUCUGACACAAUGUUCCUAGGUAGGUACAUUGAGGAGAUUGUGGUAUCUGCGGUUUCUUAUCACCUGAUGAAUAACAAAGAUCCGGAGUACCGAAAUGGAAAAUUAAUUCUUUCUGCAAAGAGCUUGUCCCAUGCAUUGGAAAUUUUUCAAGAGAACAAGAUGUGUGACAAGGACAGCAUGAAGUUGGAAGCAAAGUGCGAUGCUUCAAAGGUGAGUGGAAAGGGAAUUGCUCCAGUUGCUGCUAAAUCAGAGACAAAACCUGCAACUUUGCUGCCACCAGUAGCUCCUCCAGCUGCUGCUGCCGCUCCUCCUGUUGAGAGCAAAACAGCAGAGAAAUUUGAGAAGAAGGAUAAUCCACCUCCAGCUGCAAAAGCACCAGAAGUGCCACCAGACAAUGAGUUCGAAAAGCGCAUCAGACCUGAAGUGAUACCCGCUAAUGAAAUCGGUGUUACAUUUGACGAUAUUGGUGCAUUAAGUGAUAUCAAAGAAUCUCUUCAAGAACUUGUCAUGCUCCCUCUCAAACGACCUGAUCUCUUCAAAGGGGGUCUUCUUAAGCCUUGCAGAGGUAUAUUACUUUUUGGUCCUCCUGGAACUGGCAAGACAAUGCUAGCCAAGGCUAUUGCAAAUGAAGCUCAAGCUAGUUUCAUAAAUGUCUCAAUGUCAACUAUCACGUCGAAAUGGUUUGGUGAAGAUGAAAAGAACGUCAGAGCAUUGUUCACACUAGCUGCAAAAGUAUCACCCACUAUCAUUUUUGUCGAUGAGGUUGAUAGCAUGCUUGGCCAGCGGAACAGAGCUGGAGAGCAUGAGGCAAUGAGGAAGAUAAAAAAUGAGUUCAUGACACACUGGGAUGGCCUUUUGUCAAGACCAGAUCAAAAAAUUCUGGUCCUUGCUGCGACCAACCGACCUUUUGAUCUUGACGAGGCUAUCAUUAGAAGGUUUGAGCGCAGGAUCAUGGUCGGCCUGCCAUCAUUGGAAAGUCGUGAAUUGAUUCUGAGGAGUCUUCUGUCGAAGGAGAAAGUUGAUGCGGUAUUAGACUAUAAGGAACUAGCCACCAUGACUGAAGGAUAUAGUGGCAGUGAUCUCAAGAACUUGUGCACAACAGCAGCAUAUCGCCCAGUGAGGGAACUUAUCCAAAAGGAAAGAAAGAAGGAACUGGAAAAGAAGAAGCGAGAAUCAGGAGGCAAUGCUUCAGAUGCUUCAAAGAUGAAAGAGAAGGACGAGACGAUCAUACUAAGGCCACUAAACAUGAAAGAUUUGAAAGAAGCAAAGAACCAGGUGGCGGCAAGCUUUGCUGCUGAAGGAACAAUAAUGGGUGAACUGAAGCAAUGGAAUGAAUUGUACGGUGAAGGAGGCUCCAGAAAGAAACAACAGUUGACAUACUUCCUCUGAACUUUCUGAAUGUCCAGAGUAUGUGAACAUAAUUUGAAAACUAGCAUAGACGAAAAACAACCAUGUGAAAAUAGUCUGGUGUUUUAAGUUUCAUCAGUUGACAAUGUUUGGGAGGAAAUCGAUUUUCUCGUGUAAAACAUGAUAGAGAACAACUCCAGAACUGUGCAUUGCCUGCCUUUGGUUGUUGUGCUUCAGAAUAAUGAAUCCAGGGCGGACGUUUGUUUUCUCA